GGCACCUAGCCUGCAACCCAGGCCUGUGCCCUGACUGGGAAUUGAACCAGCAACACUUUGGUUCACUGGCCAGCACUGAAUCCACUGAGCCACACCACCAGGGCAACUAGCUUAUUUUUCAACUGCUGGCCUUCAUCUCAGACCUGGUCAGCUGGUUCAGGACCUUGUUCCCCACAGGUGGACUCGCUAUCAUGCCCUUGCAGGGCAGCAGCAUGCAGCUCCUCGUUCUCCUGUCGCUACUGGUGGGUGAGGUCAAUCCAGAGCCAAAGAAGCAGGCACAGGGCAGAGACGUCGUGGCGGACACAGGCGCGGGUCGCGGGUCGGGAGCAAGGAGCUGCCCGGCAUCUUCAUCAAAGCCUGGGUGUCUCUGGAGGAGACCCUAGGCCCGAACUAGCUGACCCGCAGACAAGUACCGACGGAAGCGACGCAGAGCGCCGGCGGCAGGAAGCGGAGGCUACGGAACUCUCGGGCUGAGGAAGGCCCGGCGUCUGAAGCAGGCAAAGGAGGAGGCACAGAUGGAAGUGGAACAAUACCGCCGGGAGCGAGAGCAGGAAUUCCAGAGCAGGCAGCAGGCCGCCAUGGGCUCUCAGGGGAACCUGUCUGCAGAAGUGGAGCAGGCUACAAGGCGCCAGGUGCAGGGCAUGCAGAGCUCCCAGCAGAAAAACCGUGAACGUGUCCUGGCCCAGCUUCUUGGCAUGGUCUGUGAUGUCAGGCCCCAGGUCCACUCCAACUACCGGAUUGCUGCCUAGGACAAACCCUGGGGCCUGUCUUCCCUGCUAGUUCCCACCCUCAAAGAAA